UUUGGGUUUUUUUUCUUCUGAAGCACAGAAGGUGGCCAAAGAUGUGAAGGUUUAGUGGAAAAGAAGAGAUGUCACAAACCAUCCCAACACCAGCAUCACAUCGUAAAGAACAAACCCAUGGAAUAAUCUCCUGAUUUCAUGAUUUCAAAGUGCCUUACAUGUUCAUAAGGAUUUCGAUAACUACUAUGAGGUAUGUUCAAUGGUUACCUCUUUUUCAUUUCCAGGAUUUAAAGAUCUACUGCAUCUUGAGUUUCUUGAUUAG